AUGUCUCUUUUACGGUUGGCCGUCUGCAGAGCCUGCAGGAAAACCCAAUUUCAAGCCCGGCGCGGCCUAGCGACCGCCAGUGCGUCGGCUCGUGACAACAGGGUCAAGCUCGUCGAGGUUGGACCGCGAGACGGCUUACAGAACGAGAAGAAGACGAUUCCCCUGGCCACCAAGAUUGAGCUGAUUGAAAGACUGGCACGUACUGGCCUGGAUACCAUUGAAGCCGGCUCCUUUGUCUCUCCCAAAUGGGUUCCUCAGAUGGCCAAUUCUAGCGACAUCCUCGAGCACCUGCUCCAGCAAAAGAUUCACUCACCGGUUCCGAUUUCAUAUGCCUUUUUGGCGCCCAAUACCAAGGGCCUGCAGAAUGCCGCCGCCCUGCUGAAACAGCACCAGGGUGCCUUUACGACGCAGGCGAACCCGGCGGCGCCCGGCGACAAGACGCCCAAGCCGGCCGUGGAAAUCGCUGUAUUCGCCGCGGCCACGGAGAGCUUCACGCAAAAGAACCUGAACUGCGACAUCCAGACGUCGCUGGAGCGCUUCAAGGCGGUGAUCCAGGACAGCAAGGCGCUGGGCCUGCGGGUGCGCGCGUACGUGUCCGUGGUGCUGGGCUGCCCAUUUGAGGGCUUCGACGUGGACCCGCGCAAGGUGGCCGAGAUUGCGACGGACCUGCUCGAGUCAGGCGCCGACGAGAUCUCGCUGGGCGACACGACGGGCAUGGGCACAGCGCCGCGCACGAGCAACCUCCUCAAGUGCAUGGCGGCCGCGGGCAUCCGCACCGAGGACAUCGCGAUGCACUUCCACGACACGUACGGCCAGGCGCUGGUCAACACGGCGGUGUCGCUGGAGCACGGCGUCCGCAUCUUUGACAGCAGCGUCGGCGGGCUGGGCGGCUGCCCGUACAGCCCCGGCGCGACGGGCAACGUGGCGACGGAGAACAUGGUGUACUUUAUGGAGACGCUGGGCAUGGACACGGGCGUGGACCUGGAUGCGGUGGCGGACAUUGGCGCCUGGAUCACGGGCGAGCUGGGCAAGGCGAAUGACGCUACCGUGGGCAAGGCGGUGCUGGGUGCGCGGGCCCGACAGGCGGCGAAUGCGGCCAAGGGCGAGUAA